AUGGUUCCAUUGAAACCACCGGAAGAAGCUCCCGAACAUUUUGUUGCCGACGGUCAGCAGCCUAAUAAGGAAACGGAGUGGAAUAAUAAUGUUCUAGAGGACAUUUUCUCUCGGCUUUCUCUGAAGUCCUUGGCUCGUUGCAGAUGUGUCUGCAAAGAUUGGCUAACCCUAGUUUACCGCCCUUUCUUCUUCAAACUGAACGGUUUCAUUGUUCAACGGAAGUGGGUAUCUAACACCACCAAUAGCUUCAUUCAAUUGGAAGGUAGUAGAGAGAACAUGAACACCACUUUAUUAUUCAGCAUACUUCCUAAAGAUAUGUUGAUCAUGGACACAUGCAACGGACUUAUCUUGUGUCGUAGCAAUUCUGCAAAAUCAACUCUGUUUGUUUGGAACCCAGUGAAUGGACAGUUGGCGGGAUUCCCUUUCAGUUCCAUGGAAAUAGCCACUGCAAUUGCUUCUGAUUCUUACCAAAGUUGUUUCACCUCCAUUUCCUUUCCCAAGUUUAAGUUGGUAAGAAUUGUCUCCGGUCACCGGUCUCGGAAUAUUAAGUUUGAAGUUUAUUCAUCAGAAACAGGAGCAUCUAGAGUGUCAAAUGGAACUUACGACUCUUCUCGAAGAAUUUCCAUCGCGAGUAGAAGCAUAUACAUAAAAGGAGUAUUGUAUUGGAUUAUGAAUCGUCAAAAGCUGCUGAGUUUUCAUGUUGAGGAGGAAUUGACAAGUUUGAUUUCGCUGCCUUGUAAUUAUCCUUCAGCACUUAAUCAUCAAGUUAUUGGAGAAUCUGAAGGAAUAUUGCAUUAUGCCCAAAUAUCAAAACCGUUAUACCUUAGGGUGUGGUGCCUUCACGAUGAGACCUGGGAACUUAAGUGCCAGCUAAAUAUCGUGAUUGUUCUAGAAAAAUACAAACCCAAUUCAAAUGGACGGGUAAUGUUUAAUCAAGUGGCUGUUCUUUGCUUCAAAGAUUCGAUGUUGCUACUCAAAUUUCAAGGGCAUGUAAUUGGGUAUGACUUUAAGAAUGGCAAGGUGAUUUACGUUUACUCCUAUGAAGAUCUCAACCUACAAUCUCCACCAGCUUCUCCAUACCAAAAGUCACCCCUCUAUCCCCUUCUCUCCGUCACUAAUGUGUUUCCAUUCCCUUCAUGA